AUGUCUUCGUUCAAACGCCGCAAGCUAGACAAUGACGGAGAUGCCGAAGAUGAUGGUCAUUUCGCCAUAAGACCCUCAAAACACAACUCCUCUCACCAACGAGAUGGACCGCGCCAGGGACAGUCGCAAGGCGCAAAGCCGCGCCAGCAAGAAUUCGAUGGCCCUGAGCCCGGUGUUGACGCCCAGGACCAAACUGCUCUGGAUCGCGACUGGUACUUAGGCGACGAAGGCGGUGCCACUCUCGGCGACGACUCACACAACCCAUUCGGAGAUGACGCCACUUGGGAGGACCAGCAGCGCGAGGCCGCUCUCCUGGAGAAGAAGAUGGCUGUACGUGCUCGCGGAAACCCACGCGCAAUGCAGAGGCAACGCGAAAACGAUGCCUGGGAGACCAAUCGCAUGCUCACAUCUGGUGUCGCACAACGAAGAGAGCUGGACACUGGCUUCGAGGACGACGAAGACGGCACCAGAGUCCACUUGCUGGUCCACGACCUGAAACCACCCUUUCUCGAUGGUAAGACUGUCUUUACAAAGCAACUAGAACCAGUAUCGGCUGUCAGAGAUCCGCAAAGCGAUAUGGCCGUAUUUAGUCGCAAGGGCAGUAAAGUCGUGAGCGAAAGACGUCAGCAGAAAGAACGAGCAAAGGCUGCUCAGGAAGCCACAAAGGUUGCCGGCACCGCCUUGGGGAAUGUGAUGGGCGUCAAAGAGGAGGACACCGACAGUGCUGCUCCAGUGCCUGCUGGCCAGGAAGAAAAAGGAGGCAGCAAGUUUGCAGAACACAUGAAGAAACAGAGUGAGGGCCAAAGUGCCUUUAGCAGAAGCAAAACGCUCAAGGAGCAGCGCGAGUACCUGCCCGCAUUCGCUGUUCGAGAGGAGCUGCUCCGUGUCAUUCGUGACAACCAAGUCAUUAUCGUCGUUGGACAGACUGGCUCAGGAAAGACCACUCAAUUGACCCAGUUCCUCUACGAGGAUGGCUACGCGAAACACGGCUUGAUUGGUUGUACUCAGCCACGCCGUGUCGCCGCCAUGAGUGUCGCCAAACGUGUUGCCGAAGAGAUGGAGGUUAAAUUGGGCGGUCUAGUCGGUUACGCCAUCCGAUUCGAGGAUUGUACCAGCAAGGAAACUUCUAUCAAGUACAUGACGGAUGGUGUCUUGUUGCGCGAAUCUCUUGUGGAAGCCGACCUCGACAAAUACUCGUGUAUCAUCAUGGACGAGGCCCACGAGAGAGCAUUGAAUACCGACGUUCUGAUGGGCCUCAUCAAGAAGGUGCUUGCUCGCAGGCGAGACCUCAAGCUGAUCGUCACAUCGGCCACGAUGAAUGCUGACCGCUUCUCGCGAUUCUAUGGCGGCGCCCCUGAAUUUUUCAUCCCUGGACGUACAUUUCCGGUCGAUAUCCAGUACUCAAGAAGCCCCUGUGAGGACUACGUAGAUAGUGCUGUCAGGCAGGUCCUUGCCAUCCACGUUUCCCAAGGUCCGGGAGACAUUCUUGUUUUCAUGACUGGUCAGGAGGAUAUUGAGUGCACAUGCGAGCUGAUUGACGAACGUCUAAAACAGCUCAAUGAUCCGCCAAAGCUAUCCAUCCUUCCCAUCUACAGUCAAAUGCCUGCCGAUCUGCAAGCAAAAAUCUUCGAUCGCGCUGCUCCUGGUGUCCGCAAAGUCAUUGUUGCCACCAACAUCGCUGAGACGUCACUGACUGUCGAUGGUAUCAUGUAUGUUGUCGACUCUGGUUUCAGCAAGCUCAAGGUGUACAACCCUCGUAUGGGUAUGGACACGCUACAAAUCACGCCCAUCUCACAAGCAAACGCAUCGCAAAGAGCAGGACGUGCUGGAAGAACAGGUCCAGGAAAAGCUUUCCACUUGUACACCGAGCGCGCUUUCCGCGACGAAUUCUACAUCCAAACCAUUCCUGAGAUCCAGCGUACCAAUUUGGCGAACACCGUUCUCCUUCUGAAAUCGCUUGGUGUUAGGGAUCUACUAGAUUUCGACUUCAUGGAUCCUCCUCCGCAAGAAACAAUUUCGACUUCACUAUUCGACCUCUGGGCGCUGGGUGCUCUGGACAACUUGGGUGAUCUCACAGAGCUCGGCAGACAGAUGACUUCCUUCCCAAUGGAUCCCUCGAUGGCCAAGCUUGUCAUAACCUCGUGCGAAUACGGUUGUAGCGAGGAGAUCUUGACGAUUGUGUCGAUGCUUUCGGUACCCUCUGUGUUCUACCGACCAAAAGAGCGUAUGGAGGAGGCCGAUGCCGCACGUGAAAAGUUCUUUGAUUCGUCCUCCGACCACUUGACGCUGUUACAUGUAUAUCAACAAUGGUCUGCCAAUGGAAGACGCGAUGGAUGGUGUGUAACGCAUUUCCUGCACCCUAAGGCUCUGCGCAGAGCCGAGGAGAUUCGCAACCAGAUCCGCGAUAUCAUGGUCAGCAACAAGAUGCAGCUGGUGAGCUGCGGCUAUGAUAUGGAGAUUGUACGACUCUGUAUUUGCUCGGGCUACUACCAUCAAGCCGCUAAGCGCAAGGGUUUGGGCGAGUACCUCAACUUGCGCACCUCUGUGUCGAUGCAGCUACAUCCUACAUCUGCGCUAUACAAUUCUGGCGACCCACCGGACUAUGUUAUCUACCAUGAACUCAUCCUUACAUCUAAGGAGUACAUGUCGUGCGUGACUGCUGUCGAUGCGACCUGGCUGGCUGAUCUAGGAGCGGUUUUCUACUCUGUCAAGCAAAAAGGCUACAAUACCAAGCUUAAGCGUACCACUGAGCAGGAGUUCAACAAGAAGGUCGAGAUUGAACAGCAAAUGGCCGUAGAUAGACAGAAAGCAGCGGCUAGGGCCAAAGAAGAGGAAGAGAAGAAAGUACGGAAACCUACCGUCAAAAGGUCAGCGCUGUCGGCGCGGUCAGAAAGCCCAUCGUACCUAAGCGAAGAGGCUUCUAAGAUUGCUAGAUAG